CAUUGGAUGAAAACAUGGCGGUGGCCAAACGAACGUGGAGAUUAGAAUUGUAACGUUUUUCGUGCGUUUUGGUCGAUUUUUUGAGAUCUGAAAGCGAUAUUGUUAUUUUAAAUAAUGGAAGGUAGAGACAGAGAAGACUUUGAUGGAGGAAAUGAGUCCCGGGGCUUCACAAACUGGGAGAAACAAUGCAUUGAGCAGCUCGAGUCCCAACCCGAUGUCGACGACAGAUCAGCAAUUGAAAAAGAACAAGCCUUGCAGCGUUUGAGGAAUCUGUUUCAGAACGCAGCAACGGCUUGUGCCCAGCUUUAUAAAGGUUAGGCUUUUGGGGGUAAAUUCGUUUGAGUUGUGUAGUCCCUUAAGAUCCAGGUUAUGGCGACGACGAAAUCUAACAUGUUGCUUGUAUUGUUCUCUCUAUGGCAGAGCGACAGAAUCGGAGCCAAACUUAUGAUCGUUUAUGGAGCCCUUUCCAAGACACUGCAAAUACUAUAACGCUUCUUUAUAAAGGUAUUUUAUACAGGACUAUUUGGUGCGUACGCUUUGAAACAGAAUCGCAAUUUUGAAGCGCAAGAGUUGGGUUUUACCGCUACGCAACUUAUCAAAAGUUGCAUCGGAUCCCCUUCAAGAAUUGAAGUUAAUUAGAAUUGCAGUGAGAGUAUAUUUUUAAGGACUUACGGUCUUCAUUGUUUGUCUCUACUACUUCUAAGAAAUCUUGCGCGAAUAAGUGUUUGGAAAGCUUUGAAAUUUGAUUGUUUUAGUGGAUACAACGAGAAUUCGUUAGAUAUUUGGACUUUGUGCGGCAAUAAAUGUCGUAAUUUCUUAUCUGACUUUCUUCUGCCAUGGUUCACGGUAGGGAAAAGUAGAUGUGUUUUGAAUUGCUUAGAAAUAGCAUGGAAAUUAUGGCCGGUUUGUUUUAAGAAGAUCUGGCAAAGUUGGUCAAUUUUGUUUAUAUUGAGAGUAUUGCAUUUCCAGAUAUUAUUGUAAUCCUUCUUGAAAACGACUUUGAGAAUGAAUAAUCGUCUAAUUAUACGCUACGUCGAAAACCAAUUGAAACGGUCUUAUGGCUGUGUCAAGCGACGAUGCAAUCGGAAAUGCCAGCGUUCCUUUUCUUUCUAAGGAUCAUGAGAUGUGAAAGGUUUUCAUGCAGCAUUCCACUAAUUAUUUGGUGCGAACAGUAUCUCUGUUUCAGAAAAUGUUUUUGAAUGAGCAUUGCGAUUUUUAAUUAUGGUUGAUAGGGUAUAAAGAAAUAUUUAAUUUGUCAAAAAUGUUUUUUCCUUAUUGAAAAUUGGUUAAUUUUUUAAUAGUGAGGAAUUCAGAUUAAAAAAAUAACUGGUAAUAUCAAUUUUCAUCGCAAGUAACAAAAAAGAAAGUGUGUGAUACUUUUUUACCUUGUAGUGAACAAAUUUGAGAAGCUUGGUCAGAAAAAAAGUAGUCAGUAACUGAAAGUUAGUCAUUUCAGCAAAUAUUUGAGUGCCUCUGUGAAGGUCACAAUGUAAUAAAAAGUGUAAUUGAUAUUUCUUUUUCAGAUGGUGCUGAUGCUUAUAAGCGCGGCUUGGACUUGGGCUUCCAGUCUGGAUAUCAAAAGCGCAGUAAAGAUGUCCUUUCUUGGGCUAAGAAGAAAAAGAGAAUUAUUCUUCGUGAGGAGUUGUUGUCAUAUUUGGCUGGCCGUUCACCUCCAAGACGGAAUCAUGAGGCAAGACACACUUCAAGUACAACGUUAGGAUCAAAUUCAAUGGUUCUGCCAUCUGGAAUGGACUCUGAUAUUUUAGACACAGAUGCACAGUACUAUGGGACACCUCUAGAUACCUUUACCGUUCGACCUGAACUUAAUACAGCUGCUUACCUCUCUGCUGGUGGGGGCCUGAAUUCUUAUCAUAGUCCUCGCCGCAGAAGCCACUCUGACACAAACUUUGGCGAUACUGAAGUUAGAGAAGGAAGAAAACGAUCAGCAUGUUCAACAGACAUUGUUAUGGAGUCGCCUUCACACAAACGAAACCGCUACUACUAAAGAGAUUGCCAUAAACAUUAUUUGUCCAUAAAUUUUUCCAAAAUAACAGUACGAGAUGAAAACAAACUACUAUGUUACUGGGAGAUUGAAGUUUCAGUUUUGUAAAGCUUUUGGUAAAGUUACCAAGAUUAACUGAAUUGUGCUGUGUAUGAUGAAAAUGAUUAUAGUAAAUAGUGUGUUGAAAUACUAUAAACCUGUUAUCACAGCAGUCUUUCUUCUAAAACAAGCAUUCUGAGACAGAAGCUCAUACCCAUACCCAAUGAGUCGCAACUACUUAUUGGGACAAAUAACUUGUUUAAGUUCGAGCUUCUCUCUUAGAUACAUCUGUUUCAAUAAGUUUUGAAGUAGACAGCAAAAACCACAAAGUUGGAGGCUAAUAGAAGUUCAAUCUUUAGUCUCAUGUUGUUAAUCUGAAAGAAAAUAGUAGGCAAUUUAGUUUCAUAUAAAAGGCAAUUUUGCUGGUGGCAAGCUCUAAUUGAAACCUUGUGUAUUUCAAUAGUAGCAGUAACUGCAAAGGAAGGAAGCUGUAAGGUAAAAAAUGAUUUUAUUUAACCUUUGAAACACGACAAAUAA